CAGACUCUCUCCUUCUCUCCCAGGAAAGAGCCUGCUCUCCUCACUCCCUUGGCCAACCAUGUCCAGCUUCAGUAGCCGCUCUUUUGCCUCCUCUAGUGGAAGCUCCUUUCGGGGUUCCAGUUUAGGUGGGGCCCCCCGCCUCUCUGUCUCGGGUGGUGGUAGUGGCAUCCGCAGCAGGGUGGGCGCACGGGCUCCCAGCAUGCAUGGAGGUUCAGGAGGGUCUGGUGUGCGCAUAUCCACUGUGUCCGUCUCCGGGGGUCUUGGUGCCGGCUUUGGCAUUGGAGCCAGUGGAGCAGGUUAUGGCUUUGGAGCAGGAGGUGGAGGUGGAGGAGGCUUUGGUUUUGGAGGAGGCUUUGGAGGAGGUGACCUAGACCUUCACGUAGGUGCCAAUGAGAAGGCUACUAUGCAGAACCUGAAUGACCGCCUGGCCUCCUACCUGCAGAAGGUGCACUCCCUAGAGAAAGCCAAUGCUGAACUGGAGCUGAAGAUCAGGCAGUUCCUGGAGAACAAGGUGUCUCCCUCUGCCCGAGAUUACUCUGCAUUUGAAGCCAUCAUCAAGGAUCUGCAAGACAAGAUCCAGGAUGCCACCAGAGUAAAUGGAGGCAUCUAUCUGAGCAUUGACAAUGCUAAGCUGGCAGCAGAUGACUUCAGAACUAAGUAUGAGAAUGAGCUGGCCAUGCGUCAGUCAGUGGAGGCUGACAUUGCUGGACUGAAGAAACUCCUGGAUGAGCUGACAUUGGCCAGGUCAGACUUGGAGAUGCAGAUUGAAGGCCUGAAGGAGGAGCUGAUCUUCCUCAAGAAAAACCAUGAGGAGGAACUGGCAGCUCUGCGCACUCAAAUGACAGGUAACGUGAAUGUUGAAGUGGCAGCAGCACCUGGAGAAGAUCUGAACCGCAUCUUGGCUGAGAUUCGUGAGCAGUAUGAAGCCGUGGCUGCCAAGAACCAGCGUGAGCUGGAGAGCUGGUUCCAAACCAAGACAGAGACUCUGAACAAGGAAGUGGCCAGCAGCACAGCAAACCUUGAAAGUUCCAAGUCAGAGAUCACAGAGAUCAGAAGGACUUUACAAGGCCUGGAGAUUGAGCUACAAUCCCAACUCAGCAUGAAAGCAUCUCUGGAGGGCACUUUAGCUGACACAGAAGCACGCUACUCCAUGAAACUAGCUGGGCUGCAGGCUCAGGUCACAAGGCUGGAGCAGCAGAUGAUGGAGCUCAGAGCUGAUAUGGAGAGGCAAGCUCAGGAGUACAAGAUCCUGCUGGACAUCAAGACACGUUUGGAGAUGGAGAUUGCUGAGUACAGGAGGUUGCUGGAUGGAGAGUCUGGAGGAGACUGUGGCAGCGGCAUGGGCAUUGGCAUUGGUGGUGGCAGUGCCAGUAUCAGUGUCAGCAGUGGCCCCAUUCGCAACGUGAAGGUGAAGACCAUUGUCGAAGAGAUGGUUGAUGGCAAGGUGGUGUCUUCCACCACUGAGUAAACCCAUUCUGGAUAGAUUCAGCAUCAUAGCACCAUAACAUCUAUGGCAUCAUUUACAACAAAAUGAGAAAAUAAAAUGUCAGAAUGCA